UUGUGGUUGUUUCUGAACGAGAGCAUUUGGAAGCUCCUAAACGAAAACCUGCUACGUUAGCAUGCUAGCCAGUCCCGUUUUAAUUUAGCUACGACUUAAUUGACUUAAGCCUUAUUUUUACUUGAAGACGGAGGUUUUGAAAUGGAAAACAGUCAUCAAAUCUCUCAGUCCAAGGAAAGCGGUGAGCGGUCUGAGCUGGUGUCUGUGGACGGCAAGAACAACAAGUCAGUGGUGUGUCAGCGCUGUGGCUCCAAAGUCCUGUGUCCCGGGAUGGCUGUGUUUGCAGAGAGAGAGCUGUUCCUCCCCUCGAUGAGGAAGAAGAGUGGCCUCGGCUCCACAGACAGCUUGGUGGAUGGUGACACUCUGACUGCACACUGGUUAGUGGACGACAUGUACACUUUUGAGAAUGUGGGCUUCACUAACAAUGUAGGCCAGAUCAAGUAUCUGAUUUGUGCAGACUGUGAGAUCGGACCCAUCGGUUGGCACUGUUUGGACGACAAGAAAAGUUUCUAUAUUGCAGUAGAAAGGGUGGAUCAUGCCUAACCUUGUUUAAAUGCAGAAAUAAGUCCAACAGAACUUUGAAUAAUUGUUGGCGUGUUCCAUUUCUUCAUGGAUUAUAUUCCCUCACAGCCCAUUCCAUUUCUUCUUCACUCACACAUACAGAGGGA